UGUUGCUGCAGCGUUAACUCGGAGCAGACCCCGCUCCGCUUCCCCCGGUGCAGCCCCAGCGCUCCGAUGCGGAGCAAGCACCACCCCUGAGACCCUGAAGCCGGCGCAGGAUGGAGAGCCGCCGACGGGACAUGGAGCUGCUGAGCAACAGCAUGGCCGCGUACGCACACAUCCGAGCCAACCCCGAGAGCUUCGGGCUCUACUUCGUGGUGGGCGUCUGCUUCGGGCUGGUGCUGACCCUGUGCCUGCUGGUGCUGCGCCUGUCCUGCGGGCCCCCCCCGCGCCGCCCCGGCCACCUCCGUGAUGAGGAUGAGGAUGAGGAUGAAGACGAUGAUGAUGAUGAGGAUGAGGAGGACACCAUUGACCGCGCAGCGUCCGAGUCUCUGCUGCCGGUGACCGAGAUCCCAUUGGAGCCCCACGGGCCUGGGGAUGGGGCUGCAGCCAUCGACGUGUUCACGUCGGCAGAGGAGCUGGAGCAGGCUCAGCGCCUGGAGCAGCGGGAGCGCAUCCUGCGCGAGAUCUGGCGCAAUGGGCAGCCCGACAUCCUGGGCACCGGCACCAUGGGCACCAUGGGCACCAUGGGCACCGGCACCAUCGGCCGCAGCCACUACUACUGACCCGGGGGUGCUGUGGGGCAGGAGGCUGAGGGGGGGGCUGCUCCCUGCCCCUGCCAUGGAGCCCUCACCCCCCCCCUUGAUGCACUUUGAGCCAUUGGUACGACCGCGGGCCCGGGACCUGCAGGGAUGGGGACAAGGACAGAGCCAUCCCGUGGGUCACAUCCGGACGCUCCCAUGUAAGCUUUGGGGGUGCUGCCCCACAACACGGUGCUGUUCUCCCCCCCCCGGGGUCAGUGUGGUGUUGGGGGGGUCGGGGGGGGGUUCAGCCGCUGCCUUCCCAAACCGAAGCCUUUCCCAUGACCCAACUGGAGUUAUCCGGAUCCUUUCCGGCACCGCCCUGGGCCUGACCCUUGCGGAUGUUUCCCUAUGGGGCUCCCCAGGGAUGUGGGGCUGCUCCCCACGGGGUUGGGUCACAUCCUGCCCCUUCCCCCGGUGCUGUCCCUGCCCCACAGGGGCCCCUCUCCCCCCUCCCCAGCCCCCUAUAUAAAUAGCUCCUUCCCAGGCUGGUCUCGCCGGCAGGAUCCAGAUGUUUUCCAGAUGUUCUCCCAGCCCCACGUCGGUGGCUGGAGGCCAGGAUGGGAUGGGGCUGGGAUGGGAAAUGGUGCAGGAGACGGAGGAAGAGG